AUGGCUGCUGAGCGUAACGAACCCCUCCGUCUGGGCACCAUUGCCCCCAACUUCCAGGCCGAGACCACCAAGGGUCCCAUUGACUUCCAUGAGUUCAUUGGCGACAACUGGGUCAUCCUCUUCUCCCACCCCGAGGACUACACGCCCGUCUGCACCACCGAGCUCGGUGAGAUGGCCCGCCUCGAGCCUGAGUUCUCCAAGCGCGGCGUCAAGCUCAUCGGUCUCUCUGCCAACACCCUCGGUAGCCACGAGGGCUGGAUCAGCGACAUCAAGGACGUCACCGGCUCCCAGGUCAACUUCCCCAUCAUUGCCGACAAGGAGCGCAAGGUCGCCUACCUUUAUGACAUGAUCGACUACCAGGACACCACCAACGUCGAUGAGAAGGGCAUUGCCUUCACCAUCCGCUCCGUCUUCUUCAUCGACCCCAAGAAGACCAUCCGCUGCAUCCUCUCCUACCCCGCCUCCACCGGCCGCAACAGCGCCGAGAUCCUCCGUGUCAUCCAGUCCCUCCAGACCGGUGACAAGCACAAGGUCACCACCCCCAUCAACUGGGUCCCCGGUGAUGAUGUCAUUGUCCACCCCAGCAUCAAGGGCGACGAGGCCACCAAGCUCUUCCCCAACCUCCGUGCCGUCAAGCCUUACCUCCGCUUCACCCCUCUCCCCGAGAUUGACUAA